GCCAAUUUAGUCUGCGUUUGAGCAGCACUGCGAACGGUUAACAAAAUUUUUAAACGCAUUGAAAGUGGCCCUUUAUUCGGUGGAUUGCAAAAUAAGGAAAAGAUUCACAAAUUGUCUUUUUUGUGUAAUAAAAGUUAAUAGAAUUAUUAAUAGGUAACUAAAAAUAAAAUUAAAGAAAAUAAUAAUUGUUGACGGCGUAUUGAAGUGUUGGAAAUAAAUGCUUAUAAAAACAACAAUAACAAAAGUGCAAUAACAAGUCAAGUGAAACGAAACGCUGUGCAAAACACAACAACAACAACAACAACAGGAAGAUAUUUAUUACAAGUAAGGCAAACCAAACCGAACCAAGCAACAACAAAAAAAGACUUAAGCAACGAACUUGGAUUUGAAAUAAAAUUUGUAGAGUACUGCCACAUUGGUACAAUUUCAAAAACAAAACUACAGACAUGAAAAAAGCCCGGCGAUGGCUGCUCAUAACGGCAUCUCUGUUAAUGCUAGUGACAGACAUAGCAGCAGUGGCGCCUUUUAAAAAAGUUUCAAUUGCCACAACAACUGCCUCGACGACAACGAAAACAACAACAGCUACAAAUGAAGCGCCGAGCAGUGAAGCCACAUCUGAUACUUCGGCGUCAGGUCCAACGAAAAACUCCAAGUUAACUGGCAUUCCACAAAUCGAUUAUAUCUGGGAUCCAAAUUUACCACGCGAAUUGCGUGGUUACAAUCUUUCGAGCUACCCAUUCUUCUCAACUGUGCCGCCAGAAGAUGAUAUUCACUUCAAAUGCGAUGGUCUGCAUGAUGGAUUCUACGCUUCCAUUGAACAUAAGUGUCAGGUAUAUCAUCACUGUGUUUAUGGUAUCAGGCAUGAUUUUCUCUGCGCCAAUUUUACAGCAUUCGAUCAGCGGACAUUUAUCUGUCACUUUGUGUCUGAUGUCGACUGUGAAGGUUCGAAGAAUUAUUGGAAUAGAAAUGAUGAUCUCUACAUGGCAACAACGCCAAAAACGACGACAACAAGCAGUACGGAGGCACCACCACCAACACCACGUAGACGGUUGGUAAGACCUUUGCGGCCGUUACGACGUCCCGUGAAUCGUCGGCCGGUUGAUGAUUAUUACUAUGAUGAGGAGGAAGAACCGGCGGCAGUGUAUGAAGAUGAUUAUUAUGAAGAACGUUUGAAUCGUCGGCGCAAGCCACGACCACGACAGCGAAAACCAGUCACAGAUUAUGAAGAAGAUUACAGCGACGAUAAACCAAGGCGUCAUAAUUCGCGCGAUCGUUUUCGCGAUGAGGAGGAAUUGGAAGUGGAUUACGAUACUGAUCGUCGCAAAUAUGAUAGGACCAAUACACGAAACAAAGCGUCAGAUAGACGAAAAAUUGGUGGUCGUAAGUCUACGACAGGCGGGGGUCGUUUAGGUGGCGACGAGCGCCGCAGUUUAAGUGAAGAUCGUGCACAGCCAGGACGGAAGGAUAAAUCGCGCAUUACGCCAUCAGCAGAUCCAGUUGAUGCGGCAGAUCCCCCACCGCGUCGUCUAAAUGGUCGACGUAGAAGUAAUGAGAAGCGUGCAUCGGCAGCAAACAGCGAUGACUUGGAUGAUUUCGAAAAGCGACCAGCCAAUGCACCCGAUCAGGAGGAGGCUGCCGAAGAAGAAGCGCCUCCUAAAGUAAAAACGACACCGAAACCAUUGGAAGAAUUUAUCACACCGAAGGCUAGUAGUAGUUCCGUUUACGCACGACCACGAGCACCUCCACGCAUAGCGCGUCCGGUGCCGCUGAAUGAGAAGAAAAAGUUUCAAUAUCCCAUACAGAAAACUGGAACGACUCCUAGUCCCGAAGCUACACACGCAAGCGCAGAUGACUACUAUGAGGACGAAGUCUACGAUGAUGUACGUCCACAACGUGUACCACCGCGUAGACGUGUUGUAGAUAGCAAAUUAGAUGAAGAAGUAGAAGCACCCAAUUCGAAGAGACGUAAUCAUAAUGAUACACCUCUAAUAAAGAAGCCUUCGCGUACAACGAUUCGUCGACCAACAACUGAGAAAAAACAUGUGUCCACUACAGAUGAAGAAUACUACGAAAGUGGUGUUGGCGCAUCUGAUGAACCUGUCGACAGUCAUACCAGCAACCGGAAGCGUCCUUUUAGCACGAGAAAUCGCAGUUCUUUUGGUCCCGCCAUUGGUCGUGGUGCUGAAGAUGUCGACUUUGUCGAUGAUGACUACGAAGAGCGGCCACUGCGGCCGACGCAUCGGUUAAGGCCAAAGGCAGCCGCACGCAAAGGUACCAAAAAACCGCGACGUCCAAUAGAAGAAGAAGAUGUUUACGAGGACGAGCCCGAACCCGAACCACUGCAACGAAAUCGCGUAAGUGUAAAUCGCGCUCGUAUUGGAAGUAACGCACGUUUGCGACAAACCACAACUAGUACGACAACAGCGGCACCAAUCGAAGAUGCCGCAUCUGACAUCGAAUUAGAAGAGGAGGAGGAGGAACCAUCGGCGCCCGCUACAUUGAGCAAAGGUUCCGGUCACUCACCCUCGGGACGCACUGCAACGGUACGUGUUGUUAAGCGUCCAUUUUUACCAUCGCGCGGUGGUAGUCCAUACCUGCCACGUGGCCUACAACCGGUUGGUGUGGCUCUGAAGCCACUCAGCUCGCACACAACGGAUACUAGUCCCAUCGAUAUGGGUUCUACAAUCUCGGGGGUUCGUCUACUUGAACAUGGUGCGCCGAUAUUGCGAGACUCGGGUAGUGCUUCAGGGACCACGCUAAUUAAUUCUCAUUUACAUGACUCAAACGGAUACGAACGCGAACGGGAACGUGAACGUGAACAUGAACGAGAUAGAGAGCUACAUAUAACGCAAACGCAUCGUACUACAUUGCCACCGCGUAGCGCAUUGCCGGCAUCGCAGGUGCGACCAGAGCCUCAACCUAAAAUUACAUUAGAUGAGCUCUACGAAACCGACUAUGACGUCACGUUGAAUGACGCACUCAAUCCGACGCUUAAACCGCUUUCGCCGCAACACAGCAAUCAUGCGACGAUUCACAAUGGCGCUUUUGAGCAUGCAUUCGCAUCGGAGACGGGCGUCGGUACAUUUGUCAAUAACAAUAAGUCACCCACACUCUAUCACAAUAACAAUAACAAUAAUCAAUAUCAGCAACAACAACAACAACAACAAUACCAACAACAUAAACAUCAACAACUAAAUGGUUAUCAAACUAAAUCACAAAUCACUCCAUCGCUUAGUCAACCACAAACCCAUUUUGAACCACAACAAAAUUCCAAAUCAUUACAAACUCAAAUUCAUCAUCAAACCGAACAUUUACAUGUACAACAACAACAACAGCAACAACAAACUAGACAACAAUUACCACAGCAACAACAAAGUGCCUAUAAUGACUACAAUAGUGACGAUUCGUAUUUCUCAUCAACAGAUAUCCGAAGGCGCGCGGUCGUUGCAGCGCCACAGCCGUAUUCCAGCCGAACGGACUACAGGGGCGUCGGCAUGAGAAUAGCCCAACAUUUCUAUGAUGAUUUGGAAUACUAAAGGUCUCUCUAGAAAUGUAUAUAAGUGUAUUUAAUGACAGCCACACUAUACAGCACCACGCACACAAAACUCACAGCACACGCCCAACGACUUGAUAACUAAAAAUCUUAUAUGAAAAUGUUCACACGUAUCGUUUAUUCCUUGGGAUGUUAUGAAAAAUACUUGUACUCCGCGAAUAUCUGCAUAUCUACAUUUUGGAACGCGAAAUUAAAGCCGUUGGCAGAGCAUAACGGAAGUUAGUUACCCACAGGAUAUAAUAUGAUGCUGAAAAUAUGCGGCGUUGCUAGUAGGAGCAUCAAAUAUAAUAUAUAUAUAAAUACAUACAUAUGUAUGUGUGCGGUAAUAAGUUUUAGCUGAUUGUGUGUGUAAACUAAGCUUAAAAUUUAUAAAUAAUUAAAUACUCAAUUUUCGUGAUAGCAAAGACAGAAUUCUAUAAAGUUUUGUCACAUAAAAUACAUACAAACAUAAUUAAA